AAAUAUAUAUAUAUAUAUAUAUUUAUUUCCCUAGGUGCAAUGUCAAUACCCCGUGUCGAUACUCCCUACGUAUCCAACUCAAAGACGCAAACAACAUCGAAGAACAUCUCCUUGAAAAUUCUCUACUCACUCCUCUUUCUUUCUAAGUAAGAUUGUAUCUCGAUAUCAUUGAAUAUGUCUAUAUCUAGUGCCCCUUCAGCCUUCGUCUUGCCCGAUGCACGUAGUAUCUCAUAUCAAUGGACAGCAUCACCAUCCAAACCUAACGCACCUGUUGUACUACUCUCUAAUCCUUUAUGUGCACCCUUCCGUUCAUGGGACCACGUAGUCCCUAGGCUUACCUCCAUAGGCUUUAGUGUAUUACGUUAUGAUCAGCCGGGUCAUGGUUCAUCUACUGUUCCAGCCAACCUCUCCUCCACCACCUUCGAUUCCCUGGCUCGCGAUGUUUUGCAGCUUCUCAACCACCUCUCCAUUAGACAACUACAUGCUUGGGUUGGCGUUAGCAUGGGUGCCGCAACAGGCAUAGUCUUUGCUGCGAAACACCCCGGAAUCAUCCACAAGCUUGUUGUGUGCGAUACCAUUUCCUGUAGUCCCGCCAACGAUUUUGCCCUUGACGUAUUUGCCCCGAGAGUCGCUGCGGCUCGUCGGCUGGGAGUACUGGAUGCUGUCGUUGAGGACACUGCCCAACGCUGGUUCGGCCGCGAGUGGUUAGAGGCCAACCCACAAGAAGCAGAACGAAUUCAGUUAGUGAUGCUCGAUACGACCGUUGAUGGGUUUGAGACGUGUUGUGCUGCUCUCCAAAGCGAGAACUUUGAGUUACGGUCACUAGCCCAAGUAGCAGGCAGGGGGGUCGACGGCGCAUUGUUCAUCAUAGGCGAGAAAGAUGCAAACCUACAUGAGAGUAUGAUGGAUUUAAGACGCGACGUCGAGUGCGGGUUGAGGGAGAAUAUUGGUAGUUCCUCUGUGGCUUUCAAAGUCAUCAAAAAUGCCGGACAUGCCUGCUAUAUCGAUGGAUUUGAUGCGUUCAUCGAUCUUGUAACGCAGUUCCUUGGGGAUAAGACUGAGGAGCCGUCUAGUGGCCAGCCAUCCUCUCCAGGAAUAGCCAUCAAUGGCAGAGAACAUUCUCAUUAUGUUAGAAUCGUGCCAGCGGUGAAUCAGGAAGGGGGUUGCCAGUGCUUCGACGAGGAUCUAUGGCCCUGGACGUCCCAAGCCACGAAUUUUUCACUCAUAGAAGCUGGGUUCCACGUUCAAUCAUGAUGCUUGCUCAACAUUGUUGCUAGAGGCUGAUCGAAGGUAUCUAUUUUGAUGUAGUGGACGAGACUGUGACCAUCAUUUGAUAUUUAUCAACCAUAUAGUUAAGAUGCAAACUGACUAUGCAUUCCUUGGUUGGGAAGUGAUCAUAUCAGUAACCCCACUGCACCCAUAUAUAGAAGUAGACAGUAACUCCGAGCAUUAUCAUUUUAGAA